CUUCUAGUAUUUUUAACUUUAAUUACAUAACAUAGUUUACUUAAUACUCCUACUACCUAACAACUAGUAGGAGAUUACAAAGUUUUCUAUAUAGUGACUGUUCCUUAUUAUAAACGUAUACUUAUAAGUCUUGUUUAAAUUUUCUUUAAGUAUAAAAAAUAACUUCAUAACCCAGAAUUACAAUCUGAACUCUAGGGCCAGAUAUUUUAACAUUGUUCAUUCCUGACUGUAAUACUUACAUGUGUAAAGAUUUCAGUGAUAACUGAAUCAGACCAGAGGAACAUGAAAUGAGAAUUUUAUCCUGAUACUUAUUUUAGUAAGAUUUUGUGUCAGAGAUUUAUCCUGAAAACACCUUAAGUGUAAGCGAAAACCUUAGUUGGUACUCAAAACUGUAUAAUUUUUUAUUUUACUUGCAAGCAAAACCCCUAAGUCCCUUGAACUCAUUAAUGUUAUAGUUACACUCAAGAAAUAUUGCGGUCUAAAAAAAAGAAGUGAAAAAAAGUAUUUAAUAUGCCUGGAGAAAAGUGGCUGUUCCUCUGCAUAUACGGUCUAUUAUUUGGAAUAACAGUUUCCAAUAAUAUUAAAGCUGGGAGACCCUCAUUCAAAAUUGCUUCAUCUACUACUUCAUCUUCACCAGUAACAACUAUGUCAGAAGACUUAUUAUCAACAAAAUACUUAGAUGAUAAAGUGAUGAAAACAAUGAUACCACUGCAUAGUUCGAAUAAAUCGAUAGGUCAUUCUCUAACUGGAAUACCUCAAAUCGACUACAUUUGGGAUCCUAAUUUACCACGCGAAUUAAAAGGCUAUAAUCUGAGUGAUUAUCCCUUUUACAGUAGCAUGCCUGAAGAUAUUGACUUCAAAUGUGAUGGCCUUCAUGACGGAUUUUAUGCUAGUGUACCGCAUAAGUGUCAGGUUUACCACCACUGCUUAUUUGGAACACGCUAUGAUUUUCUCUGUGCAAACUUCACAGCAUUUGAUCAAAGAACUUUUAUUUGUCACUUCGUCUCUGAAGUUGAUUGUACUAACUCAAAAAAGUUUUGGCAUCGAAAUGAAGCACUUUAUAAGACUACAACUACGACGACAUUAAGUCCCAUCAUAACACCUAUUGUUCUAGUAAAUACAGAAAAAAAGGAAAGAGUACCUCUACAAGAGCGAAAUAUAUCAGUUCGCAGAAGAAGACCAUUAGUCCGUAGACCUUUAUAUGAUUAUUAUUAUGAAUAUUAUUAUGAUGAGGAUGAUAACGUUCGUCCUCGAGGAUAUAACCGUCGAGACUAUGAGGAAUAUGAUAAUAUAGAGCUUCGUAGUGACCGAGAAAGAAAUUUAGAUUCUAAGCAUCGUGAUUCUCAUGAAACCAAUAAAAAAAGAUACCUGUCAAGAGCGAACAGAAGAAACAUUUUUAGGGAUAUCAACCCUCUUAAAAGUGAAGAUAUAAGUUUUGGGGCUGAAAAUGAGCAUUUGUUGCAGAAAACUACUGAGCAACAUUUUCUUAAGAAUUCAAAUAUAACACUGUACUCUGCUGAAAGAUCACUGCAGAAAGGAGAAAAACAGCCACGAGAAAAUGGAUCAAGCACGAAGCUAAGAUACAUUUAAGCUUUUUAUUAAAGCUUACAACUAUUUAUUUUUGAUACAAGGCCAACGAUUCUUAAAUCUUAUUUGUGGUUUAUUGAAAAAAAAGUAAAUAUGUUAUAUGUCAGAUUAUACAGUUUUUGAGCUUUUCUCCUACUACGAAGGAUCAAACUUAAAAUUAUAUAAAUAAAAAGACUGGGCUGAAUGAUUGGGCCAUUUUCCAUAACUUGCAUUGUCAAGUUCUAGUUACACAGAAUACACAAAUACUAUUUGAUGCUAUUAAAACGAAUUCAUACUUUAUACGUAUAACUCAAUACAUAAAAUGUAGUUUUUUAAUAAAUGGC